AUAACCCUCUAAAUAUCCAGCAAAUUACCCCUGAAAUCAUCUAAAUUCCGCAGUGUUAUUUGAGAAUCUAGAGCAGAUUUCACCUGAUCUCACAUUUCUUUCGUGAAUCUGAUUACUUCGCUCUUGUUUGUGUUUGAUUUCCUCUUUUUUUUAAGCUUCUCGAACUCAUUGAUGGCGGAAAUGAAAGAUCUCCACCACCACCUCGUGGAAAUUCCGGUCGAUGGAGAACACCAGAAACAGAUAAUCUCCGCCAUUAACGCCAUCUCCGCCAUCCAAGACCACCCACUAAUGGAAAUCUCAGAAUCCCCCGGCCACCUCUUACUUCUGAAACUAUUACAGAGAGAAGAAGAUCUCUCCGGCCGCCGCAUCGCCAGAAAAGAAACAAGACUCGACACUCUCAGACGAGAAAUCUUCCAACUUUGUUUAUUUUUCUUCACAUUCCAUGGUCUUUUCUUGACCAUUUUAUUCACAUCAUCAAACAACGACGUGGGUGUUGAUGUUUGUCAAAAAUGGUGGAUACCCAUGACCACAUCUUUAUCUUUUUGUGUUGUGAUGGUGUUCUUGGUUCAGAUGAAGCUUUACAGAUACUGGAAAGUGAACGGAAGGAUUCAUCAGGAGAAAAGUGAUAACAGAGGAAUAACGAGAUGCAUUCAAGAGUUGAGGAUGAAAGGGGUUAGCUUCGAUUUGUCAAAAGAACCAGGAAAUGGAAAGAGGAUGAAGAGUUCAAGUGUUGAGAUCAAAUGGAAGCCGAUCACUUGGUGUUCUCAGUAUCUUGUCACUAUUUGUCUUGUUUUGGCUUCUGGUUUAUCUCUUCCGAUUUGUAAAUUCAUGGUUUGUGCGUAACCAAACGCCAUGAAUUGUCGAGACUUUUUCUUUCUUUUCUUUUUCGUUGCUUUGAUUAAGUGGGAAUGAAGCGUUUUGGUCCGGUCAUCAAGUAUGUGUUCGUUCGACUGGAUUUUGACACCAUGGUUAACCAGAAGAGUGACACGGCUUGUGUUGUUCGUUCAUGUUGAACUCAAGGCUUGAUGAGGUUUUUUUGAUGAAUAAUUUGAUUUAUUGAUUUAUUAUACUGAAUAGUUUUUUACAAGGAUACAAGAAUCUAACUUAAGUAUCAAAAUCUUGUUUUGCCAUUAUGUGUAAUGUUCGGUUUUAACUUCUAUAAGAUAUUGGAGAAAAA